CAAAUAUUGAUUAAAAGUUGUUUUGCAACAACAACAAUAUUAACAUCAAGAAAAAAAAGUAGAGCAAUAGAGUUGAAUAAGAGAAAAAGAGAGAGCAAUAACCAGCGUAUGCGAAUGUUGGAGAGUGUGUGUGAAUUUUUCUCCAAUUAGAAAACUAGUAAGAAAAACAAAAUCAAAAAGGAUAUUAGUAGUUAAAAGAAGAACAGAAGUAAUUGAUAAAAUAAAAACCGGUAGAGUGAAAUGGAGGAAGAAAAACUUACACUGCCCGGCUUGCCGCCUUUGCCAAAAAGUCUUAGUGCUGCUAUACAGCAUCCUUCAACAGCUUCACCCCUUAAUCAUGGACACAAUAGUCAUUUCCUAGAUCCUGAUUUAUAUUUGGGGGCCUCUACUUCCUCCUCAGCUGCAGCACAUCGUCAACGUGGUGGUGGAGGUAGUAGUGGCGGUGGCGGCAGUUCAAAUUCUUAUCGUCAUGGCAGUUUAUCUUCUACACAGGAGUCACUAAGUGAUCGUGAAAGUUUACACAGUCGAGCCUCCUCUACACACAGUGGCCAGCUUCAUUUAUAUCAAUCCCAGCAACAGCAUACUCCUACCAACAACAAUCAUUCGAAUCACAGCAGCAAUAACAACACCCACAAUAAUCACCAUCAUCAACAGCAGCAGCUGCAUCAGUCACGUACUGAUAGUGAUAGCACUUCCACUUCUAGUACCACCUCUAAGCUAGACACCCAAUUGGCUAUUCUAAGGCGAGAAAUGUAUGGCCUAAGGCAGCUGGAUCUUUCGCUGCUGUCACAAUUGUGGGCUUUAAAUGAAUCUAUACAGGGAUUUCGUGCUUAUCUGCAGGAACAGGAGGCUCUUUCGCCACCCUCUCCCUCACCAACACCCUCUGAAACUAAUUCAUUAACUUCAGAGCCAGAAGAUGAGUCAUAUUCAAAUCAUCAGCCGGUUAAUAAUGCCAAGCUUAUGCCUCAGAUCUCGCUAACGGCUCAACAGCAGCAGCAGCAGCAGCAACAGCUGCAACAACAACAAAUAAUACCACCAAAAAGAGGUUCAACCACUUCUCAUGCCUCCUCUACCACAACUUCCAAUACUUCGGGUUCUUCUUCGAACAACUCCUCCAUAACUAAACAUCAGCAGCAACAGUUGCAUCAACAGAAACAACAUCAUCAUCACCACCAACAUCAUCAAAGUAGUAGUCAAGGUAUGCCGCCCUUAGCACCAGCACCGCAAAAAUCACAUCCACAAUUGCCACGUAUACUACAGCAGCGUAUGCGUCGUGCACCACCACCGCCACCACCAAAUCGUCCUAAAUCUUCGGCCUCCAUAGCCUCGGCAGCUUCAAUAUCGACCACCACCAGUCAUGGUGGCGGCGGUGGUCGUCACAGUAGUAAAUCUUCAUCUCCCUCUCCUUCACCCGGAGGCAGUAUUGGUGGUGGUGUCGGUGCUACCGCCACUUCAUCGACUUCAUCAUCAUCUUUGGCCCAAAGGCAUGUAUGACAAAAUCCCUUCUUAGACUAGGCCCUAGAGCUGCCCGUCUAGUUUAAGAACAAAGGGGGACAAAAAGUAAUUGCAUCAAACCAAAUCAACAGAGUUACAUGCCGUAUUAACAACUACAACAAUAACUUUAAAUCAAAAGUAUAAAUCAAUAAUUUUUAACAGAAAGGAAAAAAGAAAAACAAAAACAAAUCGUUAUAAAUCAUCAUCAAGUCAAAGUCAAUUCAAUUCGUUUUGUAUAGAAGACAUUCUUCAUCUAUCUAAAACACUCAUUUAACAUAAUAUAUACCAUCUACAAAUUCAA